GAAAAUUGAACAGUGUUUCCGGCUCUUCCCAGUUGUGGACGCUCGUAAGUUUUCGGCAGUUUCCGGAGAAACUCGAGGACUCCGCACCUCGCUUGCUCUGUUCUGAUCGCUCGGAGCAGCGGGGCAGGGUCCUGGGCUAGUCAUGGCGUCCCCAUCUCGGAGACUGCAGACUAAACCAGUCAUUACUUGUUUCAAGAGCGUUCUCCUGAUCUACACUUUCAUCUUCUGGAUCACUGGUGUUAUCCUUCUUGUGGUUGGCAUUUGGGGCAAAGUAAGCUUGGAGAAUUAUUUUUCCCUCUUAAAUGAGAAGGCCACCAAUGUCCCCUUUGUGCUCAUCGGUACUGGCACUGUCAUCAUAAUUUUGGGUACUUUCGGCUGUUUUGCUACCUGCCGGGCUUCUGCAUGGAUGCUAAAACUGUAUGCAAUGUUUCUGACUCUCAUUUUUUUGGUUGAACUGGUCGCUGCCAUCGUAGGGUUUGUUUUCAGACAUGAGAUUAAGAACAGCUUUAAGAAUAAUUAUGAGAAGGCUUUAAAGCAGUAUAACACUACGGGAGAUUAUAGAAGUGAUGCAGUAGACAAGAUUCAAAAUACGUUGCGUUGUUGUGGUGUCACCGACUUUAGGGAUUGGAAGGAUACUAAUUAUUACUCAGAAAAAGGAUUUCCAAAAAGCUGCUGUAAACUUGAAGAUUGUUCUCCUCAGAGAGAUGCAGAUAAAGUAAACAAUGAAGGUUGUUUUAUAAAGGUGAUGACCAUUAUAGAAUCAGAAAUGGGAGUUGUUGCCGGAAUUUCCUUUGGAGUUGCUUGCUUCCAGCUGGUCGGAAUCUUUCUCGCCUACUGCCUCUCUCGUGCCAUAACAAAUAACCAGUAUGAGAUAGUGUAACCAGCAUAACACGGUCUUACUCCUCUCCAACUUUAAGGACAUUUACAUCCCCCCUCCCCCAUGAAGUACCAGAUCGCUUGGAUGGAAUACUGCCUGACAUUACCCACGAAUAGACUGAAAGACUACACCAAUAGUCUGAUUCAAUCUAAACCUUUGUUCAGUAUACAUCCACCUUUUGUCCCAUUCAUUGAAGAACAUUGAAACCCCUUACCACUCUGAAACACUGGAAGAGCUAGUAAAUUGUAAAUGAAACGAU